CCAUACAUCACGUCUUUAGUCUUUUCAGCUAAUUGCUGGAAGUGGGGGACUUGAUUAAACCCUUUCAGUUUCUCUCUUAUUGUCUAUCAAUCCUUCCUCCUAAGAUGGAUGAAAGUUUGAGAACAGCUGCUCGUACAGGAAAUGUUAGUGAUUUGUAUUCAUUAAUACAAAGAAAUGGAAAUGUUUUGAGGAGUUUUGAUGAAGUGGAGUUUAUGGAAACUCCAUUACACGUGGCUGCAGAAGAAGGAUGCAUUGGGUUUGCAAUGGAGAUGAUGAACUUAAAGCCAUCAUUUGCCAGGAAGCUAAACCAACAAGGUUUGAGCCCAAUUCACAUUGCGGUUAAAAAAGGGCAUAAAGAGAUGGUGCUACGCUUCCUAGAGAUUGAUAAAGAUCUUGUUCGUGUCAAAGGGAAGAAGGGUAAGACUCCCUUGCACUUGAUAAGUAAAGUUGGAAACCCUGAUGGCUUGGUCGAUAGGUUGUUGGAGGUUUGUCCCCAAAGUAUCAAAAACGUUACAACUAGGAAUCGUACUGCUUUGCAUAUUGCAGCGGAAAAGAAUAGAUUGGACUCUUUCCAAGUUCUAAUUCGAACACUUAAAAAGAAAGACUACUGUCAAGAAGUAGUGAACAGGAAAGACGAAGAUGGCAACACUGCACUCCACAUAGCUGCUAUCAAUAAUCAACCCCAGAUGCUCAAACUACUACUAGAAUGCAAAGCUGAUAAGCAUGAGACCAAUGAGGCUGGUUUGACGGCACUGGAGGCAGCGCAUCAACUGAACAAUAUAGAAAGCAUUAGCAUUCUGCGUGAUUGUUUUAGUCCACGAAUUUCCAACUUUAAAUAUAAGUUGAAGAAACAAAUUGGCAAGUAUGUGGCAAAGGCAUCAUCGUUAAUCUUUGACGAUGUAGACAAUAUAUCAAGCGAGGACCGCAGUACCUUGCUAAUAAUUUUAGGACUGCUGCUAACGGCAUCCUUCCAAGUGACUCUUAGCCCGCCUGGUGGUGUUUUGCAAGGAGAAAACUUCUCAAAGUCCAAAGGAGCAUAUGAUGCAGAUGCGGCCGGGAAAUCAGUCUUGGGUGAAGACUGCACUUCAAAUAUUGCUUGCGGUUUUCGCAUUAUGCUUCCAUCUAUCAAUAAGUUUCAUAGCGCCGACUCUUUUAGCAGUGAUUAUUAUCUCUAUAGUUUCGAUGUUAUUUGGUCUUUUGUUGGUGUUGAUGGGCAUCACUAAUCGGGUGUCAAAACUCAGCAUUUCAAUUCUGGGAUUUGGGUUAUGCCCAUGGAUAUUAAUAUUUCUCUUAAAUGAAUUUUGGGAAGUAACCAUUUUAAUUGUAGGAUAUUGUUUAUACUUCAUGAUCGUAUUCUUAGGCGGUAGUGAUCCUCGGCCGUUGAUUGAAUCUAGUAUAUUCUUAGGAUGUUGGUUAUUCAUUAGUCUAUGUAGGUUCUGCAUAAAGCAAUGUUGUGCAAGAUGCAACUCGUAAAAAAUCAAAUUUAUAUUUAUUCUUAUUUUCAA